AUGGAUGAAAAUAACUUUAGAACCUCUGAUAGCACCGCGUUCGCGCACCUAAUUUGGAGUGCCCAACUUCUACAUUACCUGAGUUGUCAACAAAGCCAAUCACCUCUAUCCCCCUCAACAGUGAAUCCCAGUGAUGCCGAAAAUAGUGACGAAGAAUUUGCAAGUGAUGUGAAUACAGUUCUUGGUCCACCUGAUACAGGCAUAAAAGAAAAAUUCUUGGAUUGUCUGGCUGAAAUACUAUCGCAUACCAGAGGAUGGCACCAUGUCACCGCGACAGGUCUGCGGGAGGGGUUUAAUGAUGUGGUAGUCGACGUGGUUAGGAAUGCAGGUUUUGAUACCAAUGAGGCAGAUCCCCAUUCUGCGAAAGAUUCGGCUUAUUUCGUUAAGAUUGAGAAUUUCAUGCGCGCUAACAGGCUCUUAGGGAACAGCAAACUCGCCCAUCUUUCUAUGUCUGACUUUGAAGAAGAAACCAUAAUCUACAAUGCAGCGCGCCUAAAGAAAACAUUGUCUGAUCUACGCCAUGUGCUUACUUCAAAGGCGAGAAAAUCCAAUUUGCUUCUGCGCUCUCAACCAACUUCUUCCAUCAUGAAUCUUGUCCAACAGGCCUUAACCCAGGGGACGGAUACAGAAGAUUCCUUAGUGUACAUCAUACGCUUAGCGUAUCACUCAGCACGAAGGCCUAGUGCACACAAUUAUCUGAUUGAAACUUUUGGCAAUACCAUUGGUGAUAGAGGCUGGCGACUUAUUCAUUUCCUUGCCAGACCAAUUUCAGCAUGUCGCCUACUUGAAGAAACAGCUCGCAGAUUACCUGCAUUUCGCAAACUGAAGAUACAGGCCCAUAGACCCCCAUUUCCUGUCAUUCUUGAUAAUAAACACCUAAUACCAAUCCACGAGGCUUGGGAACGUCUAGGUCUACCGGUAGCCACGCCUUCGACGCGGGAAACUCUGAAUAAGUUCAACGACAAGUUCAAAAAGGCUUGUUCCAAGCCGUUCAGCACUCAUGCGGAAAUUCAGCUGGUACUAAAGUAUUUAGACCAUUCACACCCGCAGCCUUCACUAUACUAUCUAGGGUGCAGCAAGAAAGCUUGUCUACUUUGUGAAAAUUUUAUGCAAAAGUCACCAUUACAGUUCAGGACCAGAGGAGGGCAUGGAAAAUGUUACCCGGCUUGGAGCAUAGCUCAUUCACAUCUCAAAAGCCUGGAAGAGCUUCUGGCAGGGUUUGCCAAAACGCUGGUCCAGAGAAUCGUGGAGAGCGAUGAUGCCUCCAGAAGACUGUUUGGUCAACCUUUAGCUGAAUCAUCUGUGAUAUCCUCUCUUGGACGCUCUGUUUUGCAAGAUUUUGAACUUCGAAAGCACCUCCUCAACGAUCAAAAGCAGAGGAGUGAUACAUUCCGCACUCAAUUCUACCUUCAAAAUGAUCCAUCCUUAGUUAUCCCAAAAAGAUCGAAAACCGCUUCCUUUUGUUAUGUAAUUGAGUUAAGUGAUUGCAUCAUGUGUGGCUCAAACGCCGGUCGCCUAUGUACCCGCUGUCAGAGCUCCAGGUAUUGCUCCAAUGAAUGCCAGGCGGCUGAUUGGCCGAGCCAUAAGCUUCUGUGCAGGAAAUAUGCUGAGAAGUCGCCACGUCCCUCAGACAACCACAAACUUGCCAUAGAGUUUCCGCAAGACAAGUCAUAUCCAUCGCUCAUCUGGGUCUAUUGUGAAAAACGAUUGGACGAUUGCAAUCGCCCUUGGGAAUAUGCGAAGGCGGAAUCUUUCCUUGGCAGAGAUAAUCCAAUCCUGGAAAGAAAACUUAUACAACGGAAUCGGCGACGCGAUCAACUUUUACCAAACACUAUUGAGGCUGUGUUUCGAGACACCUUCCUCAUAGAUGGCUCAAAGCCCAAUCGGAGCCUGUACAGAUCACUUGGAUCAUCUGGAACCACUUCAUGCGAUUGGCGAGGGCCGGGGAUCAUCUUGCGGAAGAGAGGGAUUGGCUCUGACCCCAGUUUUUAUGGGGACAUUUCGCUUGCUGAUUACCGGCACGUCCUGGACUACUUUCUAAGUUACAGAGAUGAUGAUGUAAAAGAGAUUGAGAAGGGGUUCCAGAUUGACAAAAGUCGUAACACUAUUUCUGGCGUCAAAGUAACAUGCUUCGGCACGCAGAAGCUUAAUGGGGCUGGGCCUUUUGUUCAUGUCUCAGUCGGUCCAACUCACGUUGCACGCGGAGCCUUGUCCUCUGAAGGUGAAAUAUCGCCAAUUUCUUAUCUAGUGGGGUUACCUGUGAGAGCGUGGAAAAUUUCAUCCAAUGACGAGUGGCUCAAUCGCCCGGAUUGGGAUUUUAACACGCAUCCUGACAGCAAUUCCACAGCGUGCAAACUGUUCAUGGAUCCGAAUAUUAACAGUCCUCGGUGGGGGUGGGCGCCUUUGCAUUGGCAAUGUGGGAUUGGAGACGUUCUACUCAUCAGGGCAGAUGAUAACGACCUUUCUGUGGAUGAUGCAGAGCUUCUUUGUCGGUUCUGCGAAUGGAAAUUACUACCGAUGUUCGAAGAUGCAAUGGGGGCUGGAUGGGUGAAGAGGAAUAAACAAGAGGUUGUUGAUUUCAUCACAAGAGAAAACAUGGAAAAGUUCAGAGAAGAACUGAUGAGCAGGGGACAGGAUAAUGAAGUCAUAUAA